AUGUCCAUUUCUACCGCCAUUCAACGCGCGCUCCUUUUCCCACUUCGAUGGAAACAAAGAUUGUCAACGUCUAAUACAAAAGAGAAGGAGAUCGAGUUCUUCGACGAUAAUAGCGACCAUGCCGACAUGAACUUCGAUAGUCGUGAUAUUCAGACCAGCAGCCCUGCCCUAGAAUGUGAUGUCUCCAACACCGCGCAUCUAGCGGUGAAAUCGGGACUCGGCACGAACACGGGCCUCUUUCCAGGCAUAGACAAUUUCAAGCACAUUGAGUUGGAUGUCAACUCAAUCCCAGAAGAGGAGGGUGAUUUUGAGGAUAAAUCACAAUCGCUACCACCUGGCAUCAACCUCGAUCCGUCAGCUCGGUCCCGGCUAUUUCGCGCUGUCAGUUGGGCAAAUAUCGUCCGAAGCCAAUACCGCUGGACACAGGAGCAAGAGCAGCAGUUGAAACUUGCUAUGAAAGAGCUUACUCGGUGCCAGAAAGCAUGGAACUCAGAGCAGGAGCUAUGGCUAACACAAAUUCCAAAUACUGAUGACUAUUUUACCAACCCGGCUAAGGUCCAAGCUUUGAGUGAUGAGAAAAAAGCCCACCAAUGCUUUCUCCUUAUGCGCAAUAGACAGCAGGAUGAUGAGCGGCAUCAAUUUCGCAAGUCGUGGAGGAAGCGCGUAUCGGUACAUUAA